CCAAGUACCUUUUGUUCGACCUCGUGCCACCCAAUCUUCAACCACCGAAGCGACCAUGGCGCAACCAGCACAUUUGCGCUCUUUAUACCGAUCCUUACUGCGAGAGCUACCCCCCAGGCCGCUUUCGUCGACAGCCUCUAGGUCCCCUCUUCACCAGAAACUGCGACAGAGCUUCUCCAAUGAUGCCUCCCAAGACAGCGCCAUCGCCCAAGCUGAGCAGCUAAUACAGUACCUGAAAGCCCAGCGCCAGUAUACUACCCUUUUGGAACGAUACAACCCCGGUAUGAACAUGGAAGAAGAAGAGAGGAUCAGACUUAGUGCGCGGAGGGUUGGUAUGGACCUUCCCAAGGAAUAUGGCAGAAAUCAGAUCUGAGCAGUUCGUCACCGAACUUUUGAACACGCGAAAGCUGCCAGCCUUCGUCUCAGAGCCAACACUAGGCACGCAUCCAACCUUCUCAAAUGAUAAUGAGAUUAUGCGCAUUUCACCUCGAAUCGACGGCUUUAUCUCCUGGCACGCAUAAGAUGCGUUGCGUUGCGUCAGCUGCAGUUGAACGUUUCGCACAUAAGGCAGGAUUCCACAAGCCGGAUACAAAGAUGCAAGACACAGAGUUGACCAUCCAGAGUUCAAUCGCACAUGAAGAGAUAAUUAUAUCGACCCUGUAGUAAGAGUUAUAUGUAUUUUACUGUAUAACACCCAGUUCAUAAGAUACUGUGAUACAGGGCUUUUCUGGUACAGCAUACGAUGUAUUAACGUCCUAAUCAAAAGGUAUUGGUGCUUGCGAUACUACGGCGUGGUGAAAUAGUCGCCGAAGCCCCUUGGUUGAGUUUCACUGGCCAACCUAGAAUAUAAACUCAAAUUGUUUACUUCCAAUCUUAUCUACUUUCUCA